AUGAGUCUCAAGGCUGAAUUAUUGCGUGGUAUUUAUGCAUACGGUUUUGAAAAACCAUCGGCGAUCCAGCAGCGAGCCAUCCUUCCGGUAAUCAAGGGCCAUGAUGUAAUCGCUCAAGCCCAAUCAGGCACCGGAAAAACUGCCACUUUUUCCAUCUCCAUUCUUCAAAAACUCGACAUGGAUGUCAAUAAAUGCCAAGCACUCAUCUUAGCUCCGACUCGCGAACUUGCUCAGCAAAUUCAAAAAGUUGUCAUCGCCCUCGGUGACUUUAUGAAUGUUGAAUGUCAUGCUUCAAUUGGCGGCACGAACGUCCGUGAAGGUAUUAAAAAGUUAGAACAAGGAAUACACGUUGUCGUUGGUACGCCCGGACGAGUAUAUGACAUGAUUAACCGUGGAGCAUUGAAGACAGACAGUAUUAAAAUGUUUGUGCUGGAUGAGGCGGAUGAGAUGCUGAGUAGAGGAUUUAAGGAACAAAUUUAUGAUGUGUUUCAGCUGUUGCCACCUAGCACACAGGUUGUGCUGUUGAGCGCUACUAUGCCUGCAGACGUCCUUGAAGUAACAACAAAGUUUAUGAGAGAACCUGUUAGAAUUUUGGUCAAAAGGGAUGAGUUAACUUUAGAGGGUAUUAAGCAAUUUUAUAUUGCAGUCGAAAAGGAAGAGUGGAAACUCGAUACUCUCUGCGAUCUCUACGAGACUGUCACAAUUACUCAAGCUGUAAUCUUUUGCAAUACACGAAGAAAAGUCGAUUGGCUUACGGAAAAGUUGCACCAGCGGGAAUUCACCGUUUCUGCCAUGCAUGGUGAUAUGGAUCAGGCGCAGCGAGAUGUCAUUAUGAAGGAAUUCAGAAGCGGGUCAUCGAGGGUGUUGAUUACCACAGAUUUGCUGGCCAGAGGAAUUGAUGUGCAGCAAGUCUCUUUGGUUAUCAAUUAUGAUUUGCCAACCAAUCGUGAGAACUAUAUUCAUCGUAUUGGGAGAGGCGGUCGGUUUGGUAGAAAAGGAGUUGCCAUUAACUUUGUUGCGAGCGAAGAUGUGCGAAUGUUGCGUGAUAUAGAACAAUUUUACAACACACAAAUUGAUGAAAUGCCUAUGAACGUAGCCGAUCUAAUUUAA